AGACAGGAGAGGCGAGACCUGCCAAUUCGACUCAUCAACCCCCAAUCGAGCCACUGUACAGUACACCACAGCGAACCUACAGACCUUUCCCCUUGCUACAGCAGCCGCCACCAGCGUCCAUCCACAGCGUCCGACCAACAGCGUCCGCAGGCCAAAGCUACUCAUCCUCUGUGCGCGCGUCUUCAUUAUUCAGCACCCAGUUCCAAAUCAAACAGAAGUUUUCAACGGGUUCCCACAUUCCGCACGUGUUAUUCCUUUCCCCAGUACUCCAGCCAACUGAUACUCUACUCAGACCGUCCUGAGUUGUCAGAAGAGAGGGAAGCGAGAAAAAGGAAGUGAAGAGGGACAGAAAUCAAUGGAUCCUCUGCCGCCGUACUACGCGCAGCAGUUGCAGGGUCUGGGCUCGCAGGAUCAGAAUUACAGGGGACCGCCAAUGCAGAACUACGGAAGGCCGCCUUUUCCUUACGGGAACCAAAACCCGGGUCCGGGUCCUAUGCAGCAGAACAUGCAGGGUGGUGGGCGCCCGAUGCCUGGAAAUUUCAGGCCACCUCCUGGCAAUUUCAAUGGUGGGAAUAUGGGACCGCCGGGGCCAAAUUUCAGGCCGAUGGGAAACCAGUUUCCGGGUCCGAAUAAUAUGGGCCGUCCGGAUAUGAGGUACUCACCGACACGUCCGAUGGUUGACCAGCAAUUUAGGCCAGAUCGAUUUGGAGGUCGUAACCAGCCGUCCAACAGGGGUGGUGCUAAUGGCGGAGGUCCACCGCCCAAAGGGCCCCGAUUUGGCGGCGGAGGAGGUCCAUUCCGUCCGCAUCCUGGCAACCAAAUGAACGGCCCUCAAGGAGGUGGCAGAGAAGGAUUCCAGCAUCACAACGGCCCUCCGCAGCAGCACCAGCAGCCGUCCAUCCCUACCCCUCCACCUUCCAACAUCCCUCCCCCACCAGGCGCAACCUUUGAGUACCACCCAACCCACUGGGUCCAUUUGUCCGGCCCUCUUCCCCUGAUUGCCAGCAUGCCGCCCAAUUCACGCUUGUUUAUGGGUAACUUGGCCUCCGAGCGCACGGACAGGACGGAGCUGGCGAGGAUUUUUGCGCCGUACGGCAACAUUGCGGAGAUUUCGUUGAAGGGGUCGUUUGGGUUCGUGCAGUUUGAUAACCCUGAGUCGUGUCAGAAUGCCAUGGUCAACGAGACAGGACGCAGAGUCGCGGGAAUGAGCAUGGACCUGAAGAUCUCGCGUGAUAAGCGACGUGACGGCGAGCGCAAACCGUCAACUGGUGAAAAAGGACUAAGACGGGGAAGCGAAGAUCACGGCCGUCGUGACGGUGGCCGCGAAGGAAGCGGUCGUCGCCGAGGUCGUAGCCGCUCCCCACCAGGUGCCCGAGGCGGCCGCCGUCCCUCCGACCGCUCGCCCAGCUACUCCAGCCGCGAUUCAGAUGAUGACCACCGACACCGCCGCGAUGACCGCCGACGCAGGAGCCCCAGAAGAUCUUCAUCCCCUGCGGAGCGCAAUGCGAAAGACUCCUUGUGGGCUGAUAACAAGAAGACCAAUGGCGCCGCGGCUCCGGGAACUAAUGAUUCUGAUAAUAUGUUUGGAAAUGUGCGGCUGCCUACGCCGACUAUGUCUGCGGCGCCGACGGGCUCGGGGGUGUUCCCGCUCCCGAUGCGGUUUGGGCCGAACGUCCCGGAAGCUCAGAUUGUCGUGCUCAAUGAAGUGGACAGAACCUUCGUUGUCCAAGUAGAAUCCACCCUCCGCAACGCCGGCAUCAAAGCCGAAACGCUCCAUUUCGACACCAACCUGUCCCUGCGCGACGUUGUGCACCAGAUGAUGGUUGAGGGUGUGCGCGGGGUCAUUUUCUUAGAGAGGCGACAUGCUAUAUCGAAGACUGUGUCGAUGCAGGUGUUUCAGGCUAAUGGGAAUGUUGCUGAGUACGACAAGAUCAACCCCGAAUUCGCGGCCAUGAUCGUCCUCCGCGACCGCAGCGUCCGCCCCAUCGUGCAGCCGCAGCUCAACGGCCAACUGCCCGCGGCCAACACCAACAACCUCGCCAGCAUGCUCGGCAGCCUACUCGGCGGCAGCGGUAACAACCAAACUCAACUUCAAGGCGGAAACACAGCCGAGACGCAGGCUCUACUCGCAUUGGUCGCGAAUGCGGUACAACAGCAACAACAACAGCAGCAAUUGAGUCAGUUGACACAGGGCUUGGGUGUCGGUACCAACGCCCUCGCGUCCCUGGGACUAGGCGGACUCGCCGGGUUCGCAACCAACCCCAACGCGUUCAACACCCAACAACAACAGCCCCAGCAACAAAACCUAGGCGCGAUGCUGUCCUCACUCAUGGGCGCGGGGCAGUUACAGCAACCGGGAGGGAAUAUGUUGGGGCUUGCCGGUCUCUCGGGCGCCGGAGGUGUAGGUGGUACCAACAACACAAAAACCAACCCGCUUCUUUCCUCUGUUCAACACGCGGCGUCUCCCACUACAAACGGGGCGGGUCCAGUUGCGUCUCUGCACCAGCAGCAGGGUGCGCAUACCACACAGACGUCCGCCACGCAGCCGGGGUUGAGCAAUGUGGGCGUUGCAGGGGCAGGUGCACAGGCGCAGCAGAAGCAGGAAUCGGUGGCGGAUUUGUUGAAUCGGUUGAAGUCUUUGCAGCAGUUAAAUCCGGCAGCGCAUCCGCAGUGAGGUGGUUGGUUGAUUGAGGGAAACAUGGGGAUGGGGAAUGGGAUGGAUGAGGCAAUGAGCGACGUCGGGAGAUACGGGACUGGGCAUGGAUAUGGAUAUGGAUAUGAGUAGGGAUUCUGGGACGGGAUGUUUUCGUUGAGUUGACACGACCUUCCGCGACGCACACGCCCCCGGUCCGAUUCAAGUUCCCUCCACGUUCCACACAACACUCAAACGCG